AAAUACAUCUGGAAGGCGCCAUGUGGGAUUUAUCCCAAUAUUUUGAAUAGUUUAGGGGCACAAAUACAAAGGGAAAAUUUGUGGGGCAAUUUCAUGAAAUAAUUAGCUGAAUAGAGUAGCUCCGAGUUGAGUUAUCAAAAAGAAUUGUCUAAACGCAGCUCACGUCAGAGUGGGUGUAUCAUCUUUCCGAUUGUACCUGAAAGCCUCAGCAACAGCAGGUCUCGCGGACGAGGAAGAGGAUGACCAUUUGAACAAAACCCUUCGCGUUGAGGGAGUUUGAGGGAGAUUUGUUUUAUUUUGAUUCGAUUUAAACGAACAAGACGUCGUAACGUAGCGUAGCAGCGAUCCCGCACCUCCUAAAAAUGCUCCAGUCACUCGCCAGCAAUUCUUGCGUUCGUUUAAUUCAAAAUCACAAAUCGAUGUGGUAUUUUUUAUCGCUAGUUUUAGGCUAUAUCCUUUAUCUAAUUUUCGGGGCCGUGGUCUUCUCCUCGGUGGAGCUGCCUUAUGAAGACCUCCUGCGUCAGGAGCUACGGGCCAUCAAAAGGCAGUUCCUCCAAGAAAACGACUGCCUCUCGGAGGAGAGGCUGGAGAGGUUCCUGAAGAAAGCCCUGGAGGCCAGCAAUUAUGGGGUUUCCAUCCUCAACAACGCCUCUGCCAACUGGAACUGGGACUUCACCUCUGCCCUGUUUUUCGCCAGCACGGUGCUGUCCACCACAGGAUACGGUCACACAGCCCCUCUGUCCGAUGGUGGGAAGGCCUUCUGCAUCAUUUACUCUGUGAUUGGCAUUCCCUUUACCCUCCUCUUCCUCACCGCUGUGGUGCAAAGGAUCAUGGUGUUCACCACGCGGAGGCCAGUCGUGUACAUACACACUCGCUGGGGGCUGUCCAAGCCACUCGUGGCCAUCGUACACGCCACUCUGCUCGCCAUGCUGGCCGUCUCCUGCUUCUUCCUCAUCCCCGCUGCUAUUUUCUCUGCGCUGGAGGAGAACUGGAACUUCCUGGAGUCCUUCUACUUCUGCUUCAUCUCUUUGAGCACCAUUGGUCUGGGAGACUACGUACCUGGAGAGGCGGCUAACCAGAAGUUCAGGGAGCUCUACAAAGUGGGCAUCACUGUUUACCUGAUUCUGGGUCUGAUCGUCAUGCUGGUGGUGCUGGAGACCUUCUGCGAGCUGCAGCAGCUGAAGCAGCUGAGGAAGAUGUUCUACCUGAGGAAGGAGAAGCCCCAGGACCGCGUCCACAUCCUGGAGCACGAUCACCUGUCCUUCACCACCGUGUCUGACAGCACUGCAGCCCACAACGAGGAGAAAACCCAAACCUUCGUCAGCGUCCCAACUCUGGUCUCUCCCAACGACGAUCCCAUGAUUCAGUAAAACCACGGAGGCUGGAGGUAGAUGAAUCGGGCCCGUCUCCACCUACGCAACAGCAGUCCGUAAGAUUCAAACCAAUACGUUCAAAAUGUGGUCGAGACGUCUCCAUCGUACCGCAGCAAACGCAUUAUAAAAGAUAAAGUAAUUAAAAAAUAAAAAGGAAAUCAACACAAUUUCUGUUACUGACAGACGAUAACAGCCUUUAUAAAUCCUAUUUAUUGCACAUUAUUUGCUUUACCUGCUGCCCAUGGAAAAGAAGAAACUCCUUUUGCAAACUGUAGACAUUGUUGUGCCAUGAAGACCUUUGUAUAGAUCGAUGCUUGACACUCAUGUAGAAAUAAAAGCAGGAUAAAUAUUUUAGGUCUACGCAAGAUAAGAAGUAUAAUCCUGAAAAACAUUCACAGAUAAUAUAAUACUGGUUGAAGUAUUGUACUCGUAAUAUGCUGUAGUAUCUUUUUGUGUUCUUUUUUUUUUUAGAAAUGUUUUCAGUUUUUAAUGGUAACAUUUAAUUAAAAGAUGAAGGAUGAGGUACGUCUUUUAGCUAGGAUUUUUUUUUUAAAGCUCGUCCUUAACAGUCUGAACAGGCUCCAUUUGCUUUCAGUAUUAAACGAGCAUCUAUAAAUCAAAAUUUAGGAGCACAGCUUGGUUUAAAACAACUGUACAGGCAGAAUUUAGAAGAUGACUUUAAAAUGUAAAUUACAGGGUUCGUUCAAGCGGCUGCUACUACGUUUCUGUCAUCUUUCCUGGGGUGUUGCAUUUCAUUUUUUAGGGUUGUAAAGCUCACGACUUCACAAUACUGUAGAGCUGUUUUCGGCACGUUUAGUGUGAAGCUCUUUGAUUCACUGACAAUAAAGGGAAGGAAGGUCCCCCCCACUUACAAAGGGGAACCCAAAACCACAGAGCUGUUGCGUGUUUGCUCAUGACGCUGUUGACGGGAAGGCAGUGGAUCGUGCUGCUGCUGAGCCUCUACACGCCUUUCACUGUCUUGACCACAUUUGAAUGUAAAAAUGUAUAUUCUGAAGGUUUACAAAGUGCGUCGAGUGGAAAUAAGGCUGUGUUCUGAAAAAAGGCACCUUGGGAAAACUUGACCUUCCAGGACCAACACGAUUUCUGAAAACACGCUGUCAUUAUUUAUUUAGCAAAAAAAAAAAAAAAAAGGAUUUCAAAAUGCAGAAGAAUUGUGAGGA